AUGGCUGGGAGAGCGCGUCUGGGACACUCACCUCUUGAUGAUGCACGCCCACAUGCUGGCAGAAGCAGCGACAACGGUCAUACUCCAUUUUUUAGAGCGGUGUCAGACAAUGAGGCACCUCCGGCAACAGCUCUACGAGAUAGAGCCACGAGACCCGCAUCGCCAGCGGAUGCGAAUCAAGACGAUGAUGUCGUCAUGAUUGAUGCUCACACUCAGAAGCCGACCGGUGAUCAUCGGCCGCGCGUGCUCAAAGCCGUACCGGUGCCGUAUGUGGAGACAUUCAGAUCCUAUGAGCGCGAUCAACCGCCGGCAAGCUCGCCUAUUGAGCAAUUUCCCUCACAGAGCACCAGAGAUCGCACACCAGAUCCGAGUAAUCAGGCACAACGGCGAACGUCGGAUGGUGCGGUCGGAUUGAGCGGGUUCGAGCCGCGUCGGCUUGUAGCGCGGCCAGUACCUGCGCCCACGGUGCCCGCAACCAUCGCAGGACUACAGCCAAGAGUCUUGUCCCCCAUGCCGACCCAUGGCUCGCCCAUUGCGUCUCACCCGGCCAUGCUGCCAUCACCGUCGCAGCCCGCGCCAUCACCCCCGCCAUUGUUAGCUGAGUCAUCAGACCAGAACGCAAUGACUCACAUGAAGACCAUACAAGCUUUGACUCGAUCGCUCGAGGCUGCGAUGCAGGAGCGUGACGCGCUACAGAAAGAGAACGGGGAGCUCAAGCAGCAAGUCGGAAGCUCUGUCGACACGGCGCCCUUGCUCGAAGAGAUCAGCAAGCUCAAACAGACCUUAGAAGAGACCCGGACGUCCCUGGACAAAGCCAACAAAGCCAAGAAGCGCGCCGACAAGGAGACUGAAGAGUUUCGAGGUAUCUAUCAAGCUGCUUCACAGGCCGCGGAAGAGAUGCGGCCUGCUAUGGAUGCUUGGAGAGCCAAAGCGGAACGAUUAGAACGCACAAUGUCCGCCGGUAUCGCUAUGCAUGUCAGCAUCGAGGCAGGGCGGGCCGACCAGCUACGGGACGAGCUUGACGAGGUCAAGGGUCAAAACAAAUUCCUCGAGGACACACUGGCCCAUGUCCAUCGGCAGUACAAGAAGGAAAUCGCCCGGCUCAGAGAUAACAACCGUAAUUCGCUAGUCUCUGAUCUACACAGCGAUCCCGUGCAAAUGCCUUCUCUAGCGAUAGCGAAGCGCAGACGCAUCAUGCUACAGACUGACGACGAUGACGACGACGACGAGACUGAUAGCGAUGCAGAGCCACCCAGGCCUGGCCUGCUCAUCCGCCAGCCUGACGAACCUCGAUUGCCUCGAGACGUUGCGACGCUGUCGCCUGUCAUAGCGCAGUCUGCAGUCGCGAGAUCUGCAGACAGGCACAACGGCGAUACGCCCGGCUAUCUAGACGAGCAUGUCCAGUCGCCUUACAUCUGCGAAAUGAUCCCACCGGGCGGUCAGGUAUGCGGACAGCGUUUCGCUGAUGAACAGGCACUCGAUCUGCACCUCGAUGAGCACCUGAACGACGUCUUUGACCUUGCGAACUUUUGGCAAGUCAACGUCGACGUAGCCCUCUGGAAUCUCAAGAAGCAAUCCAGCGCCUCGCACAAUAUGUCGCACGUCGUUCAGGGAGUCUGGUCGCAGACCUUCACGCCUGAAGAAAGCUUUGUCCUCGAGCCUCCUUGCGACAUUCAAAUAACGACAGCUAUCCUGCUGCCACAGUCCGAGUCCGGUGCUCCCUCACGCUCGGUGCUGACGAUGCGUUAUCUCGAUAUGCCGGCUGAGGAGGAUGACAUUGGCGACUCCGAUGAGUCUGACGACGAGGAGCUCGACAGCGACGAGAUGGACAUCCUCGAGGCUGCAGCAGAAGAAGCCGAACAGGAGGCUGCAGACGAUGACGCACUUCGAAGUGCAGAGGCUACCGUCAAGGCUGCUAUCAGAGCCAAGCGCGCUAAUGGCAAGACUGCCAACGGCAAAGGCUCAAAGGUGCAAGAUGACGAUGAAGAAGAGGACGAGGACAGCGAAGAGGAGGAGUCGGAUGAAGAUGCAGACAUUGAUGAAGAAGAUGAGGAAGAAGCCGACUACAUGCGUGAGCUCGACGAACGCUUGCAAGAGACUGUUCUUUGCAGCCUGAAGACAGACACGAACGAGCAAGUCAAUCUCAACUUGAUCCUGCCCGCUGGCUCGCCUUACAUCUUCUCAGUCGCUGGCGACAACGCAAUCACAUUGCUUGGUCACUACAUCCGUCAAAUCGACCCUUAUGACUAUGACCGUCCACCUUAUGACUCGGACGAGGACUCUGAGGGCCUGUAUGACUCUGACAUCGACUCGGAUGAAGAGAUCGACAGCGAUGAGAUGGGCGUCUACGACGACGAGGAGGGCCUCGCGCUCGAAGGCGACUCGGAAGAAGAAGACGAGAUGGAUGAAGACAGCAGAUUUGAAGAAGUCAGUGAAGAUGAUGUAGCCGCCCUUGCCGCCGAACAAGCCGCUGCCGCCAAGAAGAGCAGCCCCAAGAAGCCCGUGGCCGUGGCCGUGACAGAGACUAUCAUCACCACGCCUACUGCCGCAGAAGAGGACGCAGACGCAAGCACAGCCAGCGCUAAGCUGAGCAAGAAUGCGCGCAAGAAGCAGGCCAGGCGCGAGAAGGAAGCGGCCGCGCAAGCUCUGCUAGACAAGGACAAAGAGACCAAGACACAGACUGCUGCUGCGGAUGCUAAAGCUUUGAAGGCAACGACCAAGGCAGUGCAAGAAAAGGAGGACGCGCCAAAGGCAGAGGCCAAAGUACCUACCAAGGCAGAGCCUACAAAGAUCAAACUUCCUUCUGGCUUGAUCAUUGAGGAUACUAAAGUUGGACAAGGCCCGAAGGCCGUAAAGGGCAAAAAGAUCGGGAUGCGUUACAUCGGUCGCUUGGCCAAUGGCAAGGUCUUUGACAAGAAUGUAUCAGGCAAGACAUUCGAAUUCAAGCUUGGCAAGGGUCAAGUCAUCAAAGGAUGGGAUGAGGGUAUCGCCGGCAUGCAACUCGGCGGCGAACGUAAGCUCUCUGUUCCACCUGCGCUGGCGUAUGGUCGCUCCGGUACAGACGGCAUUCCUGCCAACGCAUGGCUCAACUUCGAAGUCAAGCUUGUCUCGAUGAAGUAA